AUGUCCCGCAAAGGCGUCGGCCUCGCCGCCUUCGACCGCUCGCGCCUGACCUCGGCGCAGUACGCGAGCCACGGCUCGACGCUGCGCUCGACCAACGCCCAGGCGCUCGAGACCCAGCUGGCCGUCUUCCGCUCGCUGCUGCAGCAGUUUGCCCAGACCCACGCCAAGGACAUACGCUCCAACCCGACCUUCCGCGCCCAGUUCGCCCGCAUGUGCGCCGCCAUCGGCGUCGAUCCGCUCGCGAGUAGCAGUGGUGGUGGUAGUGGUGGGCAGUCUGGGGGUGGUGGUGGGGGGGUUGGGUCAAUCUGGGCGCAGUUGUUGGGUCGGUCGGUCAAUGAUUUUUAUUUUGAGUUGGCGGUGCGCGUGGUGGAGGUGUGUGGUGAGACGAGGGGGGAGAAUGGCGGGUUGAUUGAGCUGAGGAAGGUGCGCGAGCGCAUUAUGACGAGUCGUAUGGAGGGAGCGUCGGAGAUCACGGAAGACGAUAUCCUCCGCGCCGUGGGCACGCUCAAGCCGCUGGGGUCGGCCUAUUCCAUCAUCAAAGUCGGCAGCAAGCCGUACAUUCGAUCCGUUCCCAAGGAGCUCAACACAGACCAGAGCGCCGUGCUCGAGGCUGCCCAGGUACUAGGUUAUGUCAGCGUGUCGAUGCUGAUGGCCAACUUGAAAUGGAUGCAGGCGCGAGCGCAGACGGCACUGGAAGACCUGAUGGCCGAAGGCAUGCUUUGGGUGGACAAGCAGAGCGAGGAAUGGGAGUACUGGAGUCCUGGGUUUAUGCUCGAGACCCAGGAUGUUCUAGAGGAAACAGGAUGA